AUGAUGAAAUCCAAACCUCUAUUGGCCAUUGUUUCGGGUGGCUCUCGCGGAAUUGGCCUUGAAAUUGUCAAGCAAUUAUCAGAGAGCGGUAUUCACUGUGCCACAAUAAGUCGAUCUAAAAAUGUUGAAUUUCUUCAUCCCAACCAAACACAUUUUCCAUGUGAUGUUUCAAAUGCUUUACAAGUUUCGGAAACGAUCAAAACCAUCACUCAACACUAUCACAAAACUCAUGCUAUGAAUAUUCUCAUCAAUGCAGCAGGAGUCUCACACGAUGGCUUACUCGUUCGAUUUCCACAAGACGAGCUCGAGAAAAUAAUCGCUAUUAAUUUACAAGGAACCAUGAAUAUUUGCAAAAGUUCUCUCCGAUACUUUAUGUUGAGUCAUUCGAGUGCUGAAACACCAUCAAGCAUUAUUAAUAUUUCAAGUAUUAUUGGAGGAUCUCCAAACAUGACCAAUAUUGGACAAUCCGUCUAUGCUGCAUCCAAGGCAGGUGUUGUUGCCUUUUCACAACAUUUAGCUCGGGAACUGUUGGGAAAACAUAUUCGUGUGAAUUGUGUGAGUCCUGGAUUUAUUGAAACAGAAAUGACUCGUCAUUUACAAGUUGCAUCCACCACACCAAAUGACACCAAUCGACAAAAAUUGGAAAAAGUCAAAAUGGGAAAACCUCAUCAUGUGGCUAGUCUCGUUCAAUAUCUAAUUUCUCCUCAAGCAGAGUAUAUCAAUGGACAGAAUAUAAUUGUGGAUGGUGGAUUAUCUCUUUUAUAA